CGCCCAUGUCGUACGCACAGCCACAUCCCCGCUUCUCCGUGCUCUCCUCCUCGUCCCUCGCCUCCGCCGAGCACCUCUCCACCGCGUCGUCCACCCGCUUUUCCCUCUCGUCCGCACCUUCCAUCAACACCGCGACCGGCGCGCCCGCAAAGUCCCCCGCACAGCGCCCCAGCAUCUAUGACCGUCCGCUGAACAAAGCCCGCGCCGCGGAGGUGUCCGCGAGCGCGUUCGCGUUCCUCUUCUCCGAGGUCGUCCAGUACACGCAGAAGCGCGUCAGCGGGAUCAACGAUCUCGAGCGCCGGCUCAACACGCUCGGGUACCGCGUCGGCACCCGCGUCCUCGAGCUCAUGACCUGGCGCAACGAGGCCUCCUCCAAGGCCCCCAAGCGCGAGAUCCGCUUCCUCCCCGCCCUCAUGUCCAUCCACACCCAGCUCUGGCGCGCCGUCUUCGGCCGCCCCGCCGACGCUAUCGAGAAGAGCGUCGAGAACGCAGACGAAUGUGCGUCUGCCCUCCUCCAGCGUGCGCAGCCCAUGAUACUGCCCGCUGACCCCGCGCCAGACAUGAUCAUCGACAACGACCCGCCCAUCACGCGCCACAUCUCCGUCCCGCGCGACAUGAGCCAGCUCAGCUGCUCGUCCUUCACCGCGGGGGUCGUGGAGGCCGUGCUCGACGGCCUCGGCUUUCCCGCACGGGUGACCGCGCACAACACGCCGACAGACCAAUAUCCCGCACGGACGACCAUUCUCAUCAAGCUCGAAAAGUCCGUGCUCGACAGAGAAGAGGCACUCAAGAUGUAGACUGCGCGUCUUGCGGGCAUGUGUGUAUUAGUACGACAUGGACUCUUGUUCUGUUGGUCGUCAUUCUAUGGGCGGUAGAAAUACCAUUACAGUGAAGACUG